CCUAUGGUAUGUAGAAAUGCCUGUGUAACACAAAAUCACAUUGAUGUCAACCAAAUACUAGCCAUCACUGAUCAUUACUGCUUAUUUCAUUAGUCAUAUUUCUCUGACUUACAGUCUAUCAAGCCCAUCAUGCUGACAAUCUUAGCUUUCUUUGUAACUAGUACAGCCUCUGCAAGUGGAGGAUGUCCAGUACAUAACUGGCAUGUUGUCUCAAGAGGAAAGAAUUUCUUUGGGUAUUCCAUCUUCAUUCUCGAUGUUGUAACUUCUUUUGGUAGCGCUUCUGGAAUUUUUUUCUCUUUGAAAAUGUACUGCACACUUCUCUUCAUACCAGUGGUGUCCAGAAGACUACAAUGAUCUGAGCUUGGUGUUGUGGGCACCUCUGACUUGAAGAGGUCUCUUUGGGUUUGGAAAAGAUGCCACAUUGAUAUGUGUAUGUGUGGACAAGAUGUCCGUGGCUUUGUGCAGGGACAAUGCCAGGUGUUCCUUUGGGUGUUAUAAGUGACGAUUAUCCUCCCAAGUCGGCAAAAAUUAUGAAUGUCAGGCUCGUGGAUCGACAAGCAUAUGUGUGAUGGAGACCCACCAAAGUCCACAGGCACACAAAGAGGAAAAUGCACUUCACAAGCAGCCUUUUGCCUCUUCACACAAUUAGCUGCCUUUGCCUCUCCAAAAAAUUUGAAUGCCAUCAUAUCCCUCAGAGUAUCUUCUCUGAGAAAUGCCUCUGCAGCAGUCUCCUUACAGUAGUCUACAGAGCGAAUGUGGGAGCACAAACUGUAGCUUAAUCCACUACGCUGAGCCAACAACUGAUACUGCACACAUUCCUCUAGCUCACAUCUGAUUUGGUGUAUUUUUCCCCAUGUUUUUCUCUGGACAUGGACUGGCACAGAAAACCCAUGUCCAGUUUUUUGCACAGCAAAUAUGCUAUUUCUCUCAUCGAUAGUAACACUCUGCAGAUGACAGGCCUGAGUGAUGUCAUGAGACAAAUCUGAAUGUCUCCUCAAAAGGUGUGUUUUAUAAUUCUUCUUGAGAAGACUAAGAUGGCAAUGGGGACACCUGACAGAUUUCUCAUUAACCUCUGCUGCACCCUGCACUGGUUGUCGUGCAUACAAGUGGUCUUGCUCCGCUGACAGAAUGGCACGAGGCAGUACAGGCUCCGCUGACGGGGUGGCAGAAGGCAGUACAGGCUCCGCUGACGGGGUGGCAGAAGGCAGUACAGGCUCCGCUGACGGAGUGGCACGAGGCAGUACAGGCUCCGCUGACGGGGUGGCAGAAGGCAGUACAGGCUCCGCUGACGGGGUGGCAGAAGGCAGUACAGGCUACGCUGACGGGGUGGCAGAAGGCAGUACAGGCUCCGCUGACGGGGUGGCAGAAGGCAGUACAGGCUCCGCUGACGGAGUGGCACGAGGCAGUACAGGCUCCGCUGACGGGGUGGCAGAAGGCAGUACAGGCUCCGCUGACGGGGUGGCAGAAGGCAGUACAGGCUACGCUGACGGGGUGGCAGAAGGCAGUACAGGCUCCGCUGACGGGGUGGCAGAAGGCAGUACAGGCUCCGCUGACGGAGUGGCACGAGGCAGUACAGGCUCCGCUGACGGGGUGGCAGAAGGCAGUACAGGCUCAGCUGACGGGGUGGCAGAAGGCAGUACAAGCUCCGCUGACGGGGUGGCAGAAGGCAGUACAGGCUCCGCUGACGGGGUGGCAGAAGGCAGUACAGGCUACGCUGACGGGGUGGCAGAAGGCAGUACAGGCUCCGCUGACGGGGUGGCAGAAGGCAGUACAGGCUCCGCUGACGGAGUGGCACGAGGCAGUACAGGCUCCGCUGACGGGGUGGCAGAAGGCAGUACAGGCUCCGCUGACGGGGUGGCAGAAGGCAGUACAGGCUCAGCUGACGGGGUGGCAGAAGGCAGUACAGGCUCCGCUGACGGGGUGGCAGAAGGCAGUACAGGCUCAGCUGACGGAGUGGCACGAGGCAGUACAGGCUCCGCUGACGGGGUGGCAGAAGGCAGUACAGGCUCCGCUGACGGGGUGGCAGAAGGCAGUACAGGCUCAGCUGACGGGGUGGCAGAAGGCAGUACAGGCUCCGCUGACGGGGUGGCAGAAGGCAGUACAGGCUCCGCUGACGGAGUGGCACGAGGCAGUACAGGCUCCGCUGACGGGGUGGCAGAAGGCAGUACAGGCUCCGCUGACGGGGUGGCAGAAGGCAGUACAGGCCCUGACGGGGGCAGAGGCAGUACAGGCUCCGCUGACGGGGUGGCACGAGGCAGUACAGGCUCCGCUGACGGGGUGGCAGAAGGCAGUACAGGCUCCGCUGACGGGGUGGCAGAAGGCAGUACAGGCUCAGCUGACGGGGUGGCAGAAGGCAGUACAGGCUCCGCUGACGGGGUGGCAGAAGGCAGUACAGGCUCCGCUGACGGAGUGGCACGAGGCAGUACAGGCUCCGCUGACGGGGAGGCAGAAGGCAGCUCCGCUGACGGAGUGGCACGAGGCAGUACAGGCUCCGCUGACGAGGUGGCAGAAGGCAGUACAGGCUCCGCUGACGGGGUGGCAGAAGGCAGUACAGGCUCCGCUGACGGGGUGGCAGAAGGCAGUACAGGCUCCGCUGACGGAGUGGCACGAGGCAGUACAGGCUCCGCUGACGGGGUGGCAGAAGGCAGUACAGGCUCCGCUGACGGGGUGGCAGAAGGCAGUACAGGCUCCGCUGACGGGGUGGCAGAAGGCAGUACAGGCUCCGCUGACGGGGUGGCAGAAGGCAGUACAGGCUCCGCUGACGGAGUGGCACGAGGCAGUACAGGCUCCGCUGACGGGGUGGCAGAAGGCAGUACAGGCUCCGCUGACGGGGUGGCAGAAGGCAGUACAGGCUCCGCUGACGGGGUGGCAGAA